UUCCUGUCUCCCGCCAUUAACGGUUCUCGCUCUCGCCCUGCACGUCUCUUUCCUGAUAGUCCGUCAUGUCGAAACCUGGAACUCCCAGUAACUCAAACACCCUACUUCUCAGGCGACAACUUACCGAGUUAACGAAGCGUCCUGUCGAGGGGUUCUCAGCUGGACUUGUUGAUGAAAACAACCUUUACGAAUGGGAGAUCUUGGUCAUCGGUCCUGCAGACACUUUAUAUGAAGGUGGCUUUUUCAAAGCUCGUCUGACAUUCCCACCUGAAUUCCCUCUGUUACCACCGAAGAUGCGAUUCAUCACACCGAUGUGGCAUCCUAACAUAUAUCCGGACGGGACUGUUUGUGUUUCUAUCCUCCAUGCACCAGGAGACGACCAAUAUGGAUACGAGGAUGCAGGGGAAAGAUGGAUGCCAGUCCACACGGUUGAAUCAAUUUUGGUCAGCGUCAUCUCGCUCUUGUCCUCUGACUCGCCGAAUUUGGAUAGCCCCGCCAACGUCGAUGCUGCCAAGGAAGUUCGAACUGAUCUUGAAGUUUACAAGAAGAAAGUUCGUCGAUUGGUUCGCAGGAGCGCCGAGGAGGCUUUUGAUUAAAAUAUCCGAUGUAAUACUCCACCCUCUGUGGUCUAUUUUAAGGGCUUCAAUGAAUGUGUUAUCAUCGC